AUGUCUCGAGUGCACACUAACCUUCCGAUGCUGGCCUCUGAAGCUCAUUCCAAUUUGAUCUAUGUUCGAGCCUACUCGAUGCAUCUGCUUCGCGGGCUGACAACCGUUCACGUUCAACAAUCUUCUUCGGACUGCUCGACUGAUCAGUUUGAGAAUGACAGUCCGGAACUGCUUAGGGAAGAGGAACUCCGACUGCAGUACGAUGCCGAUUGGCCGUUGUGGCGAAUCGCUGUGCUUCGACUGGUUGCCAUGCGUCAAGCGGCGGCGAAACUGCACGAAAAUGUGAUCAGGGCUAGUCGCUCGCGAACAUCCAGUCAAAUAGAGUCCAGUGAUACAACUGUUCUUUCCGAAUCUGAGCAUAAUGUUGCAUCACCGGCCAGUACCAUGUCCUGGUACGCAUGGUGGCGUUAUUCGUAUUGGCUUGGGGGGAAAUCUUCCUGGUGGUCCGGUUCUAAUGGAGGAAAUGGCGGCUCCAUCCCAUCCUUUACAACUGUGGCUACGCCUGCCCAGAUGAGCUCAGACGUGACAACUUCUUUAGAAUCUGUCCCUACGGUAAAAGAUGCCAUAUUGGAACUUCUAGACGAAUUGGCCAUGGCGUCCGAGCGAUUUGAUACAGAUCGAUCAGAACCGGGUCCUACUACUCCCACAACAGUUGCUUCCUUUCAGUUGGUCUGCCAUGUGGAGGGAUGCAGUAUUCGUUUGACAGAUGUUACGCCCCCAUUCCCCAUCUUGUCCGAUGGCUUUGUGAAAGCAUUUCACCGCACAUUAUCCGGCCCGUUUCAUCCAUCUGCAUGUGAUCCUAAUUCACCCUCUGCCAGUCUGUUCUGGCUUGUGUAUGAAGUAGCUCCCGUUGGUGUUGACUUUGAGUAUAGCCUUGAAAUCAAGACCGACCCGUUACAUGUGGUCUAUCAGUUGGAUUUGCUACAAUGUGUGCUCAAUUUCUUUCGAACCGUGGCCUCAGCCGCAUCUCCAAACCUCGAAACCUCUGCUCGUCAUCAGUACCAAGUGAUCAAAGAACGUACUCAGGCGAACAUACGUGCAAUGUUUGAUGACACCACGAUAUCCUUGCAGACAUCCACCAUUGAACCAAAUGAAGCUCCCACUGUCGACUCCGCCGUCUCUCCCUGUCCCUCUCCGCUCGUUUCUACUGGCCAGUCCAACAGCCAAUCACCUCGAUCUCAGUCAGUCACUAACCGCCCCCGUCCACGUCGUUGGCGCAUCAAUUUGGAUAUCGCGGCCCCGCGGCUAUUGUUACCGGCAAAUCCGGAAUGUCCGAACUUGACGGACACCAGCAACCUUGUUGGUUUAUUGUGUGACUUCGGACACUUGAGGGUGACCAAUUGGCCUCCACCACCUGUAAAACCAAGCAUCGAAAUGAUGCACACUUCAGAAUCGACGUUCAGCGGCGACGAAAUGGAAUUAUUCCUCACUCCCUGUGGGACUCCUGAGGCGCAUUCGGAAGAUGAAGAGUGUGUGGACAGAAACGAUGAUUCAAACAAAACCCAACUGGAAUCCCUAAAAAUAUCGAAAUCUCAAAAUCUGUACGAAUCAUUUGUCAUUCAGUUGGAAGAUCUGCACGUGUUGGUUGGCAAACUGUACGAAUUGGAAAAAUUAGGACUGUGGACCAGUUCCCAGCUGGGUGAAGAUCCUGGCGGAUUUGAUCCCGACUCGUGUGCUAAUAUUCGUAGCCCAGACAGUGCCACAUUUUCUUUGGGCACUCCGCGACUCUCCAAUCGACUUUGUUUAAUCGAUCGGUUGAAUUUACGUCUGCUUGUCAGUCGUCGAGUUAUCCCAUUCUCUGAGUUGCAGACCCGCUACUAUCCGCAAUUGAUCAAUCGGGAUUGUCCACCCACUUUCUGGUUCACACUGGAACAGGAGCGUUGUGUGAUCCAAUUGUCCGAUUCCAAAGUGUACAAUUUGCUCAAAUGUCUUCAGUUCACGACGAGAUUUAUGUCCGACAGUAACUGGGAUCUCUCUGCGCCACGUACACCGGAAAACACCAUAGUAAAUCCUGUUCCGCGUGCUUCUUCAGUUUCAUCUGCUACCAAUCAGGGACCAGUGGCACACACGAUCGGACCCGAGCUGUUCGCAACGAAACGGAAACGCUUCAUUGCUUCGUUCCAUGUGCGAGAAUUGAUUCUCCAGCUGGAGAACAAAGGUUAUCCGGUGGCUGAAUGCCGCUUAGAAGGUGCUGCCGGUACUUGGAUCCGUCUGACUGGUCGGGGAGGUGCCUAUCAAGGUCGUCUAAUCGUUCACAGUUUAUCCAUAGCAGAUGCGUUGACCAAUCUGGGGGAGGAGUUUGAUUUGCUCGUUGAUUCUAACCAGAGUGCUCGACUGAAAAACCAGGAACUUCGGGAUCUGUCACUGCCAAACGGAACAACGGCCCCUACUGUAUUUGAUGUAUUUGGCGAGCUCUAUAAGACGGUGCUAUCUGGACAGUUUAGUAAGCCACCAGAAGGUCACAUGCUUCCCAUCACUGAGUUCUCAAUGCUGAGUCAGAACGUCACAAAUCUGGCUGUCAUCCGCACACCUAAGCAAUGCUUCCCAUUGCUAAACGACAAUAUCAUAAAUUUCUAUGACGAAAUUAUCCGCUUGCUUGACGGUAGUCAAGAAGGUGAUAUCGUACCCGAUAUUGAUGACCAAGCCCCUGAUGAAAAGUCCGGAUCACCGAAGGAUUUGAUGCAUGCCUACUUCGAUUGGUUACCUUUCAAUGAUCCCCAAUCACCGCUAAACGCAAGCCCACAGUUCUGCUCGGGAUCACGUACCGUGCGAGUGCAUUUGGAUGGUCUAGAUAUUGUGUAUAAUCCGGAAACGGUGUCAGAGAUUCACUCCCUACUACGUCAAUUAUCUGCAUUGACUAAAAUUUUCGGCGGCUCGGAAACAACACAAUCGCCCAGUCAUGAAUCUCAUUUUCCAACCAACUCGACACCUAUCAACUUGAUGAAUUUCAGAUUGGGCUUGGAACGCUUAUGCGUAAUGAUCAUCGAUAUCUGUGCUGACUCCACUAAGGUCAGCAGCGAUCGGGAAACGAUGAUGGAACCCAUGCCUAUGCGGAAGGCGGAACCUCUGUUAUUGGCUACAAUCAAUCUAUUGACAUUGGGAAUGCAAACAGGCAUGUUAUUUUGUUUCCAUCUGCUUUUGUGUUCCUAUGCAUGUUUCUACCAAGUACACUGUGAAGGCACUACCCGUAUGGCUUCUCUACGUCUGGCCGGGAUUCACCUGUGUGACAUGUUUGAUAAAUCACCUGCCGUUCCCUACUUACUGACAUCGAAUUUCUCUCCUGCUCAUCCAUUGGAAAAACCGGACGAUCCGGUUCUCGAUGUUCAAAUGUUUUGGCACGCAUCUGACUCCAUUGAUUCGCGAUUCUCUACUCACAUUGAGACUCGUUUAAGCCAUCUAACAUAUGUUCACCAUCAGAAGCUACUCUCCCGGAUCGCGUCUUAUCUGCAUCGAAUACUUCCUGUGCAAUCUGGCGGUGAACAGCACGGGCUGCCACGCAGCACCUCCCCUCGGUCUGAACACUACCAGACCCGAAUCAAGUUGGAUCUACUCUCGCCCCAUCUGUUGUUCCCGAAUUUGUCUACACCCCAUGUGCUGGUCGCACGCGCCACAUCUAUCCGAGUGACCAACUCAAGUCUGGCGGUCCAAAGCAGUGACACGAAAUUAGACGCCGGAUCAAAACCGGCUGCUCCAAUCGAUUUCACACGAAAAGAACAUUUUGGUUUGUGCGUUCACGUGCCUUACAUUCAGGUCGAUAUAAUGGCCGAUUUGGAUCUCCGUCCUGUACCACUUGCCCGAUUCCAAUCCGCCUCGACAACCACGUGGCUAUCCCUGCCAGCUGGUAAACAAACCAUCCAAUUAAGCAUCCGUUCACGUCAAGUUGCCCUACUUGACAUGCUCCCGUUACCCGAGCAAACUCGUACGGGUGCUCCAUCACUUCCGGCUGAGUCCGAAAUGCGUACCCUACUUUCGGCGAAUCCGCCCGAUUUCGAAUGCACCUCCUCGUCGUCUACCAUUCCCAUCUCAGACCACUUAUUUGUUCUCAGGUCAUUGGAAAAGCAUAGUUGUGAGCGGUCUGCAUCCUUGAAUUUCUCAGCAGAACUUUUCGCUUCUAUUCAAAUCCAACUGGUCCAUUUACUCUGUCGUCUGGCUCCACAACCGUGGGUUCUUCUGUUGGACUUUUGCAACUUAUCUGGCCGGCCAGCUGCAGUUUGUAAGGGUGAUAACCAAUCGUCGAAUACAUCAACAAUAAUGCAAACUGAUGGAUCGAUUUCCGCCCGUUCUAACCCCAUGCAAUGUGCAAGCAUCCAGGCUCAGAUUAAUUCAUUUCAUCUUGUAUGGACCGAAUCAGACUCGAAUGUGUCGCUCGUCGGGCCCAGUUGUCCUCAUCCACAAACUACGGUUAAUCAAGAUUUCGCUUCUCUAGUUUGUAGUGAUCUCACUAUUCGAAUACUCGAUCAACUUGCGCAGUAUACACAGUGGUUACCAGCACAGCGACAGAAAACUCCAGAAAAUUUGCCCGGGCCGUAUCGUCUGAUUGAGGGUUCCGUAGCAGAUCUGUCGUUAUCCGCGUUGUCCACAAAAGAAAAACGGUUGUAUGAUGAACGCCUCUGUUUGAACAAAAGCAUUGUGGGUAACAAAUCAUACCGCCCUUUUCGAUUCCUCCUAAUUCUCUCUCACUUGAUGCAUUCGAUGCGCCCAAGACAAGGCGAAGAAGCCUAUCUGUGGAUUCGCCUCAGUCCCAUACAAUAUGUGCAUACACAACACUUCCUAAGUUCCAUGCUGGAUACGCUCAAUGGAUUACUCCAAAAUCGUGACAUGAUGGCCCGAAUUCGUGCAUCCAGUGAGGGAUUGCAGUUACCUACCACAGCACCCACCUCGUUGCGCGUAUUGUUGGACGUUUACGCUGACUCACCGACUCUCAUUCUGCCAGUCAGUGAGGCUAGCCCGGAGUGUCUCGUUACCACAAUGUCUCAACUAACUGUAGCUAAUUCAUUUCUUUGGGUUGACCACGAUCCACCCUAUCCGGGUUUGACACGUGAGCUGACAAUAGCGCACACGUCAGAGGAGACUUGUACCAGUUGCGCUUCAUGUGUGAAACAUUCUCAUUACAUUCAGCGUCAUCCACAACAGCAACAGUGGACUGAGCCACAGACCAUGACCGCGCGCUCCUCCAUUGCACAGACCACGGUCCUACUGAAUCAAAGAACUCCAACUGAGUGUCUUUGGGAUCGAAUCACACUGAAUCUGGAGAAUGCGACUAUACACCAUGCGGCAUAUUUACGCUCUGCUGCGGAACCAACUUUUGAUUCUCCAGAUCAAACCGGUCAGCCUCCUUCGGCCAGAGUUGACAUCUUGUCCUUCUCCAGUUAUCGCAUCUGUCCAUUCCCCGGAACGAAUCCGAUCUCAUCUUCCUCCUCCGCCUCCUGCACAUCGUCGUCGUCAUCAUCAUUCCCUCAUCUGUUUGACCCGCGUCCAGUCACAUUCAUCCUCGGCCGAAAUUUAUCCAGUGCCUAUUCGCAUAUUGUGCCAGAUUGGCGACUUACUAGUCAGUGGCAUGCGGUCCAGGUCCGUCUGACUGCACGCAUUUAUUCUGUGAUUCGUGGUAUUUUGUUGCAUAACCUUUCCGGUCCGGUCCUCCCUCUAUCGCCCCCUACUCACGAACUUCCCUUAUGGAUUGGACGUGUACAGCAACCCAUCCGCAUGGCACACAGCCCGGUUGUCUAUCCACCCAAACCAACGAUUCAGACUUCUAUCACCGGUGUGGUCUGGACUGCAAUUACUUUCUGGCUGGAUCUGCGGGAUACACAAAUCCAAUUUUUUCCGGAACUUGAUAGCACAUCAGCGAUCUGUCCUGUGAUCCCAUCGGCUCAACUAGAUUUAACUUAUGCCCGAUUCUCGUUCGACAAGUUGUCUAAUCACCGAUCAUGGACGGAAUUGGUUUGCUCCAAAUGUGAAUUGGUCAACCUGCGUGACUUCGGUAAGUUGUUAUGA